AUGAAAUUGGAUCCUACUGUAAUGAGGACCAUGAGUGGCCAAGACUUUCGAGUUUUAGAAGCUGUUGAAAAAGGAAUGCAACGGCAUUCGCUGGUUCCCGCCCCUCUGAUUUCCAGUUUGGCAAGCUUGAGACAUGGAGGAACGGGCAAGAUUAUUUCUUCCCUUCUUAGAGAUAAAUUGCUGUCUCAUGACAAGUCUUGUGGUUACGACGGAUAUCGUUUGACCAAUGCGGGAUAUGAUAUUCUGGCAUUACAUCAUUUGAAAUCACGAAAGCUGAUUGCAGCUAUUGGGGAUCGGAUUGGAACUGGAAAGGAAUCUGACAUUUAUUUAGCCGUUCAUCCGAAUGGAAAUCAAAUUGUGUUGAAAUUCCAUCGGCUUGGUAGAACUUCCUUUCGAAAUGUCAAAAAUAAGAGAGAUUAUUUCGUGUACAAUCAACGAGGCAAAGGAGGAAACCAACCGGCCGCCAAUUCAUCCAGCUCAUGGCUCUUUCUCAGUCGAAAGUCUGCAUUGAAGGAAUAUGCCUUUAUGAAAGCCUUGUACAAUGUCGAUUAUCCUACACCUCAGCCAAUUGCACAUAACCGACACAUCGUCGUCAUGAGUUUGGUCCGAGGUGUGCCGUUGUAUCAGGUGACAUCCCGUAACCUUUCUGCCGAACAAGCGGCUUCUAUCUUUCACCAAGCUAGCGAUUUGGCCCUUCGACUAGCCAAGCAUGGUCUGGUCCAUUGUGAUUUGAACGAAUUCAAUCUCUUGGUAGAUCUGUCUGGAAUUCAGCAGAAGGCCUUGUCGCAAGAACACGAUCCAUAUGUGCGACAUUCCGGUCUAUCUGUAGCAGCAGAAACGGCACCCGGUAUGCUGAGCGCCCGUGGACCUUGGGAGCCAGAACAUUUGCAACAACAUGCCCCUGAUGCUGGAUCCCUCAAUUCGGACGACAAGCCACCCGAACCCGUUUUACUAUUGGACAGUGGUGAACCAAAGCCGAUCGUGACAUUGAUUGAUUUUCCACAAAUGGUCAGCACACAACAUCCGAAUGCCGAGGAACUUUACGAACGUGAUACAGCAUGUCUAUACAAAUUCUUCACGCACAAGCUUCACUUUCGAAUUCCAAAAUCGGACGAAGGGAGUCUGUUUUUGAGUUGGGACGCCGUUCAAAAAGUAAUGAAGGAACAAGCUGAAAAUCAAAAAGUGGAUGAACUUGUUGAUGAAGAGAAUGAUGAGGACAAUGAAAGUCAAGCUGUGGUGGAUACUACCGACAGCAGCAUCUGUCUAGCCAGCAGGUCACAACUACGACUGGAUCAACAACUCAAGGCUAGUGGAUACUCUCAAGAGGACUCGAACCGAGACAUGGAAUUGUACUAUUAUUACAGCGAAUCAAAAAAGGGGGCGGCAGCUGAAAACGAUGCAAUCGACGAAGAAAAGGAGGGAGAAAAUGAUGAAGGAGAGGAUGACGCACCUGCUGAUCCAAUUGGAGAAAAGGAUGCCAGUGACGAUGAUGAUGACUAUUCACUAGAGUCGGCAGAAGAUCGAUCGGUCAUGACUAAUCGAUCUGCCUUUUUGGAUGGGGAAUUGGCAAACUUGUCUAGAGAGCAAUUGGAGGAAAAGGCACGUCAGCGAGUUAAGCAACAGCUGGAAAUUCAAAAGAAGAAGGGUCGCCAACGAGGAGCCUUCCGUAAGCGCAAUUCCAACAAGACGUAUCUGAAGGGAAAGCGUGUCUAUCAAGAUUUUGGCAUCUAA